GAACAUUUCGCGAGUGAAUUCGGCUUGAUGGUGAACAAAAGGUGUGCGAAAAAGUGAGAAAAACUGUGGAAAAAGUGUUGCGUGCUGCGUAAAAAGGCACGAAAACUACAACCGAAUCCUCGGCGAGUGGCGAUUUGGCGUGGUUUUUUCCGGAAAAAUGGUCAUCUCCAAGGACGCCAAACGCAAACGGAAGGAUCAGGCGACUCCCAAAUCACCCUCGGAACCACCCAAAAGAACUAAGGUCCAUGCACAGAGGAAAUUUGCGCAGGGCCAGGGAAAUUCCUCGGCGACAUUUUCCCUGGCCACUCCCUCGCCUGGAGGUGUUACCGGAAAGGACUCUUCAGCUCCAGAGACUCCGCCGGAGCCCAUAAUGGCCAAGAAGCCACGGGCAACGGACUUUGUGACGUACCUCUGCUAUUCCCGGACGCCUAUUUUGUCUGAGCAACUGGAUAUUAUCACAAAGGCCAAGACUGCACCGGCUGCGACUCCUCAAAGUUCCCAGGGGAGUUCUAGUACGCCCGUGGCAGAGGCGGGAUCUUCCAAAAGUAGCAAACGGGCAAUAGAGACUCGAGAGACACCUCCUAAACCACCUCCCAAGCAAGAUUUCAUUCCGUUUGGGGUGAGGAAACGGGCGGAACAAGUGCCGGAUAAAAAGCAGAAGACUGUGGAGGCGCUCAGGAAGAAAUAUCACGAUCAGAGAGUGGCUAAAUUGAGAUCUAAAGCACUUCAGAAAACAGGACCGGUAAUCUCGUCUGUCAGAACGCGAUCAAACCUGACAAAAAGUCCGCAAAAGGAGCCUGAAAAGAAGCAGGAAGCCAAAGCGAGUCCUGCUAAGAGGAAAAUCUCCACAAGAAGUUCAGGAAAGGCUGCUGAUGACUCAAAUUCAUCUAGUGGCAUGAAGCUGAUGGAUGUGAAAGUUAUUGUGAAGAAGGAGAUUGUGGAGAAGAAAUUGGCAGAGCAAAAGCCAGCACAAGAAGUGAAGAGUUCAAGAGUGACACGUCAGAUGGUGAUUAGAAAUCCCUCAAUGGCUAUCAAAGUGCCGAAGAGUGAUGACGAGGAAGAGGAUUUCUCUUCGGAUGAUGAAAAACCUUUGGCAAAUGCACUGGAGAAAACGUCGAAGAAAGGGAAAGUGGCUAAGAAGGAUCUAGUCAAAGCAAAAAAGCCUCCGGCGAAGAGAACUCCGAAAAAGAAGUUGGACAGCGAGGCUGAGAGUGAGAAGAAGAGCAAGAGUAAAAUUUCGAAGAAGGAAGUGGAGAACCUUAGUCAAACUGCUACAACUGAGGGCAGUGACAUUGACGCGAAGACUACGAGACCAACUAGGAAGACCAAGGAAGCGGCCACGAUCUACAUGGAGUUGAUUGGUAGGAAGUUGAAUCUCAAGGAGUCUGAUGAAGAAGCAGACGCUUCACUGGACAGCUUCCCGGAACUUCCAAAUGUCCGUAAAACAGAACAAAUGGAAAAUGAACUGAAGCAGAACAUGGGAAAGAUGAAGAGUCAGAGUCCGGAGAAGAUUUCGCCAGUGGAGAAGAGAAAACGUCCUGAAGCUAAAGGGUCGAAGAAUGUGGCGAAAAAGUCUGCGCCUCCGCCUAAAAUAGUGAAAGAACUGGAGAAAAGUUUCUCAGAUUCCGAUGAAGAGCCAUUGGCGGUGAAAAUUGUGAAGAAAAAGCGCUCCAGUCCCAAGAAGGUUCCUCCACUGCCCAGAGAGGAUGAUAUGGCAGUCUUUUCGCCGCAGAGAGUAGUUCUGCUCCCCGAGGAUCAGCCUUCGCCGAUUCCUGAGUGUGAAAUUCCAAAGAUUUCCCCCAAGAACGACACUACAGAUGACAUUCUCAAUCUCUCCUUCACAACAUUCAAGUCUCCGACAUCAGUCAAGGCGGAUUCCCUGGCGAUGACACCUGAACUGGCCAAGCCAACGGCUAGGGAUCUCGAGCAGAGCUUCAUCAAACCAUUGACGCUGUUGAAGCCGAAGCAGGAAGUGCAACUGAUUCAGAAGACACUGGAUCUGCCGCCGAAGAAAGCCAUCACAGCCAGUCUCGCGUCGCAGGGCGGCUCCAGGACUUCACCACAAGCCAUCGCGAGUCUGAUGAAUCCAUUGCCGAGCAAGGAGGAGUCGGGCAAGAUCUUCGGCAUCGCGAGUGUCAGUCUAGCGCAAAGCUCCGGACCGCAGGACACCAAGUGUACACUGGGCAAAUGUGGCUCUGUGCACAAACCGCCGCUGGGGCCGGCGGUGCCCACGGAGGCGCUUCUUGGGGACUCCGGCGCAAACCGCGAACGACGCAAAUCCAAGGUGAAUAUGUCGCACGAGCAGAUCCAGAAGUGGCUGAUUGAGUGCAGCAAGGCACCUCAUCAUGAAGAGAUUCACGAUGAUCUCUCAGAUGAUGACUUUAUGACGCCACCGAAGCCGAUUUCUUACCUGCUAACUUCGUCGCCGUUCCGGGAGUUGGCAGACGAGAGUGGGAGUUCGGGUCAGGGAGUGAGGAUGAAGGCAAAGGAGGAGAGGAGCAGCUCCUCAACUACUGGAAAAUCGACAGUGACUAAGGGACCAACUUUAAAAGCCACUCCAGUUAUGGCACCAGUGAAAGAUGAACCGGCCAAAGAGCCUCUGAAUUUCGCCUCGGUGAAAAUUGAGGAGAAAAAGGAGAGUGCGCCGGCGAAGGUGACUAAGAAAGUGACCACGCCACCGCUAAAGAGACCAGUGAGUCCGCCAAAGGCCACAGAGAAGACUAAAGCCAGUCCGAAGACGGCAAAAACUCCGAAAGCGGCAGACAGGAAGCCAAUAUACAACCGGAAGACACCGCUUUACAAUACAAAAGUCCCGGAAAGUAGCAAAACCAAGCAGGUUGUCAAUACUUUCGGGGCGUUUUCGCCGGAAAAUGAACACUCUGUCUAUUCAUUUGAUAAGGAGGAUGAUGCAAUUCCCGUGGCCACUCCUUUUAGACGCCACACUCGCCGAGAAUCUAAUAAUUCUCGCACAGAUGAUGCUUCGAAUCUGGACAGGAGUCGAGAAUCUACGAAGAAGGACACAGAAACGUCAUUCCAAAAGCCGUCUCCUGUAGCUUCAGCCACUCUUAAGGAGACUCCUCAGGUUUCCCUGACUCUCAGUCCGGAAGAGAAUAAUAAGUCAGCUUCAAUUGCCGUUCGUCUGGACGUAGAUUCUCAACUGGUAAAUGCGACGAAUGAGAUAAUAACUACCGUGGAUGAUGGAAAUGACUCAGAUUCUGACGGACAGACGUUCUACAUUCCACUGCAGGGAGCUGGAAAUUUGGUUGGUAAAGGGGAUCAGAUGAUUCAGGCUGUGGCAGUGAAAUUGGGCACUGAAAUAAUUGAUGGAUCAAAGCAAAGAGUUAUUAUGCGAGCAAAGCUGGUGACAAAGGCACAGAUAGGCACAAAUCCGACUCCCAUUCCGGAAUCACUGGCCAUUGCACAGCAGGAUAUUAUGAAGAGUUUGCUAGCUAACAAAGAGAUUUGUUCGAAAUCUGUGCCAAUUGGUACUGUUCAGCCACGCUUCAAGUCUUCAGCUGCAGAGACUCCCACAACAUCUCGCGCCUCUGCUCAGCGAGAUCCUCCUCCUGCGCAAUCGGGGGCUUCAUCUUCACGGGCGCCAAGCCAUUCGAGCCUCACGCGGGUUAAUUCCAACUCAUCCCUCGUAUCACAGAAGAGCAAAAAGUCGGGCAAGACGAAGCCUAAUGAAGUGCCAAUGUCUGUGAGUCCUAGCAAUAAUACAAGCUUCCCGAGAAUUGAGGAUGCUGCUCUGAUGGUGGAGGCGCCUGUCUUUUCACCCACAGAAAAGGAAUUCCAGGAUCCCAUUGAGUUUUUUGAUCGCAUCACACCAAUAGCGGCUCGCUUUGGGAUUUGUAGAAUCAUCCCGCCGGCGAGUUUUAAGCCGGAGUGUCGAGUGUCGGAUGAUAUGAGAUUCACUGCCUACAAUCAGUAUGUCCACAAGAUGUUGCAUCGCUGGGGACCGUCGGCGAAAGAGUUGAGCGCUAUUAAGAAGUAUUUGGCCACACAAAGCAUCACACUAACUCAUCCGCCUUGGAUAGGAGGGAUGGAAGUGGAUCUCCCGCGACUGUAUCACACUGUGCAGGAGCUGGGCGGUCUCAAGGAAGUGAUUGAGAAGAAGAAGUGGGCUAGAGUGGCGGAGGAGAUGUGCAUCCCCAAGUCAGCGCAGGAUAGAGUGACGAAGUUGGAUGAUAUUUAUUGUAAGUAUCUUCUGCCCUACGACACACUGAGUCCAGCUGAGAGACAGAAGCUAUUUGAUGAGGUGGAGGCUGACUGGGCCAAGAGGGAAGCUAAAGCCAGGAGAAAUGCCGACAGGUGUGUUUCGGCCAAUCAGCGUGAAUCUGAGGACGCUGAAGAUGAAGAUGAUGAGGACAGUGAUGAUGAGGCGGACGGAGCGAUGGAGUGUAUAGAGAAGGGACGAAGUAUGCCUUUGAAUGCCUUCUUUAGAAUCGCUAGGAACACAAUGGCCCUGUGGUUUAAGAACACCGAACCCUCGCCGGCUGAUGUGGAGGCAGAAUUCUGGCGUCAUGUGGCAGUUCGUGACAGUCACGUGUGUGUUCAUUCAGGCUCUAUUGAUUCCUCGGGUUGGGGAUACGGAUUCCCCGCGCCUCUGGCCAAGACCAAGGCUUCACCAUGUGCUAAGCAUCCGUGGAAUUUAAAAGUACUCACGAACAACAGUGGCUCGAUUCUGCGCUCCUUGGGACCCGUGAUGGGAGUCACAGUGCCCACACUACACGUGGGGAUGCUCUUUAGCGCGUGUUGCUGGUACAGAGAUCCUCAUGGACUGCCCUGGAUUGAGUAUCUGCACACUGGAGCUCCUAAAGUUUGGUAUGGCGUCCCUGAUGAGCAGAGUGCCAAUUUCCGUACUGCUCUGACAUCGCUGGUACCCACUCAUUGCCAGAACAAAACUAUCUGGCUGCCCUGCGACACGGCAAUGGUUCCUCCGCACAUGUUGACAGACAAGGGUGUGUCCUUGUGCCGGACUGAGCAGCAGCCAGGGCAGUUCGUGGUGGUCUUUCCGCGAGCAUACACUUCCAGCAUCGCCACGGGCUAUGUCAUCUCGGAGAGUGUCUACUUUGCCACGCACAAAUGGCUAGACUCGUCAGAUCAGGACUUUAAGGACAUCCAGGAAAGUUGCGAACCCACGAUGUUCUCAAGAGAGCAACUCGUCUUCUCCAUUGCAUCAGAUCAGAGGAGCAAUUCGGACACAUUGGCGCAAAUUCUGCCCAUCAUGCAGGAGGUUUACAAGAAGGAAGUGGCGCUGCGACAAGAGCUGAAGGACGCUGGAGUAAUUGCUACACAGAAAUUCGCCACGAAGUCAAAGAAGAAUGCCGACGACGAGAAUGAAUGCGAUCUUUGCCGGGCAAAUCUAUUUGUCUCAAUGGUGAAGACAGAAGUGGAUGAGGAGGAGAUUGUUUACUGUCUUCAGCAUGCCCUCAAGUUCAUUCGAGAUGGCGAAGUUGUGGCCAGGCAGUGCACCUUGCAUCUGCGUUACUCCAUUCCGGAGAUUGAGCAGCUGAUCAAUCGCCUGAAGGAGCGCAUCGAGGGCGGCUGUGGCAGUUCAGUGGGCAGCCGUAAAUCUGGAGGCGGUGGAAAGAAGUCCACAAUGUCAGUGGGGAGCAAUUGAGGUGGGAAAAUGGUGAGUUUUCCUUUUGUGAUAGUUUUAUUGUUUUCUAUGGCAAUUGCGCGUGGUUUUCUGUGGAAGAGAACCUGAAUCUCCAGGAAAAAACGUCGAGCUCGGAUGAUUUAGGAGAGUUGUAAGAUGCAUUUAUGUGCAAAUUCAUGAAAUUUUAGCCAUUAACGAAUAUUGUAUCAGCCUCUGGAAGAGAAAGGAUUCCAGUGACGACCCAGAGGAAAAUAUCCAGCAGAGUCUAUUGAGAUGGUCAACCCAUGAGUGUUUAUAUAGUCAUUAUAAUGAUAGAUUUCUGUUUUUGAGUCUAAUAAAAAAUGCUGAAAUCAUUAA